CAGCAACAACAAAAAUGCAGAUUUUCGUCAAGACCCUCACGGGGAAGACGAUCACCCUUGAGGUGGAGUCUUCUGACACCAUCGACAACGUCAAAGCCAAGAUCCAGGACAAGGAAGGUAUCCCCCCUGAUCAGCAGCGCCUCAUCUUCGCUGGCAAGCAGCUUGAGGAUGGCCGGACACUGAGCGACUACAAUAUCCAGAAGGAGUCGACUCUUCACCUGGUCCUCCGUCUUCGCGGUGGUCUCAUUGAGCCCUCGCUGAAGGUGCUCGCCAGCAAGUACAACUGCGACAAGCAGAUCUGCCGGAAGUGCUACGCUCGUCUUCCUCCUCGCGCCACGAACUGCCGCAAGAGGUCGUGCGGGCACUCCUCUCAGCUCCGCCCCAAGAAGAAGUUGAAAUAGUCGACUCGCUCUUGGUUUGGUUGGAGUUGUUCGUGUGCAGUUUUGGGUGAUAGGGAUAGCUUGACAUGUAUCCAUGCGACCAUGCAACCCAUGAUUCUUUCGUUUUCCUCUGC